AAAUGCAAUGGCUCACGUAGAUUCUGAGGUGAAUGAAGAAUGUCUAAGGCAAGACCUGCGGUUUUACUUCAUGAGCCCUUGUGAAAAAUACCGGGCCAGACACCAGAUUCCAUGGAAACUGGGCUUGCAGAUUUUGAAGAUUGUCAUGGUCACCACACAGCUUGUUCGUUUUGGUUUAAGUAACCAGCUGGUGGUUGCUUUCAAAGAAGAAAACACAGUUGCUUUUAAGCACUUGUUUUUGCGAGGAUAUUCUGGCAUAGAUGAAGAUGACUACAGCUGUAGCAUAUAUACACAGGAGGAUGCCUAUGAGAGCAUCUUUUUUGCUAUUAAUCAGUAUCAUCGUCUGAAGAACCUAUCUUUGGGGACCCUUGGUUAUGGAGAAAAUGAAGACAACAGAAUUGGCUUAAAAGUCUGUAAGCAGCAUUACAAGAAAGGGACCAUGUUUCCUUCGAAUGAGACACUAAAUAUUGACAGUGACAUUGAAGCAGAUUGUGUCCACCUGGCCCUUCAGUCCCCAUCCCAGGGCCCCCAGGACUGGAAGAACUCACCAUUCUUCAGGCUGGAAUUUUAUCGGCUCUUACAAGUUGAAAUCUCCUUUCAUCUAAAAGGCAUCGACCUGCAGACCAUUCAUUCCCGAGAGCUACCAGACUGUUAUGUCUUUGAAAACAGGAUUAUCUUUGACAACAAAGCUCACAGCGGCAAAAUCAAAAUCUAUUUUAACAGUGAAGCUAAAAUAGAAGAAUGUAAAGACUUGAGCAUAUCCGGAUCUAUUCAGAAAAACACUCAGUACGUGCUCAUAUUUGAUGCUUUUGUCAUCGUGAUUUGCUUGGCAUCUCUUAUUCUGUGUACCAGGUCCAUCAUUCUUGCUCUCCGUUUACGAAAGCGAUUUCUAGACUUUUUCCUGGAGAAGUACAAACGUCGUGUGUGCAACGCUGACCAAUGUGAGUUCAUCAAUGGAUGGUACAUCCUGGUGAUUAUCAGCGACCUCAUGACAAUAAUUGGAUCGAUAUUAAAAAUGGAGAUUAAAGCAAAGAAUCUCACAAAUUACGACCUGUGCAGCAUUUUUCUUGGAACAUCUACGCUCUUUGUCUGGGUUGGAGUCAUCAGAUAUCUGGGUUACUUCCAGGCAUAUAAUGUGCUCAUUUUAACGAUGGAAGCUUCGCUGCCCAAAGUUCUUCGCUUCUGUGCUUGCGCUGGGAUGAUAUAUCUGGGUUACACGUUCUGUGGCUGGAUUGUUUUAGGACCAUAUCAUGACAAGUUUGAAAAUCUGAACACAGUUGCUGAGUGUCUGUUUUCUUUGGUCAACGGUGAUGACAUGUUUGCGACCUUUGCUCAUAUCCAGCAGAAGAGCAUUUUGGUGUGGCUGUUCAGUCGCCUGUAUCUCUACUCCUUCAUCAGUCUUUUUAUCUAUAUGAUCCUCAGCCUUUUCAUUGCACUUAUUACAGACUCCUAUGACACCAUUAAGAAAUACCAGCAGAAUGGGUUUCCUGAAACAGAUCUCCAGGAAUUCCUGAAGGAAGACAGUGGCAAAGAGGAGUAUCAGAAGGAGGUCUCAGCCCUCCUGUCCUGCAUGUGCUGUCGGAGCUUUAGACUCAGAAAGCUCUUCUCGACUUCUUGGAUCAGGUCACCAUUCCUCUGUGUGUAA